GAGUCAGGGCGUGAAGUCAACGGGCUCCGCGGACCUCCGCGGGCGCCAUCUUGGGGCCGGGCAGAAGCGCGCCGUCGGGUUGAUGGAGUGAUUGGGUGGAGGAAAGGCGGUGCUAUCUCAGACCAGCUGUGGGGGCUGCAGUUACACAAAGACUAGCACCAUGCUUGCGUGCUGCAGCUCUCUGGAGUGUUGCCACACAGACAUGAGGAUCCAGGACUGCCACUUCACUUUGUGUUCACAUCUUCUGAAGACACCUGCCUGGAGCUGUCUAUUAUCUGCAUGCUGCCCUCCCAGUGCUGCUCCAACUCUGGGUGUUGCUUUGGUGCCCAUCUGGUGGUCAGGUGUGACUGUGCCGUGAGUCCCUGCAGAUUGCUGUGCUGCACAAAGCAGAGGAUUUUAAGUUUUAUUACAAAUAAAACUGCCUGCCUGCUUGCUUCUGAGAAUUCAGUGCUGUUUGGCAGCAAGCUGUCAGGUAGCCUGAUUGACUCACCCUGGUGCGACUGCAGAGAGGCUGAAAUGAGACCUGAACAGCUUAUAACAUCAGAGCUUGAUUUCACCACCACUUCCACUGCUGGUCACUGUUCUGCCCUCGGUCAGGAGCAUCCCCUGGGUAUGAGCUGCAUUGCAAAGAGCAUUACAAGCUGCUGCAGAACUUAAAUAAUCAGCUGUAAUUUCUGUUACAGUUGGGUGGAAGAUAUUUGCAUGAGUCAAUUAUUGACUGAGUUGCUUAAGUUCCAUUUCAGCCUGAUGCUUCCUGACAAAUAUUCAUGAAAGCUUCCAGCUCUUGCUUAAGCCAUUGAGAGGAAAGCUGCAUCCCAAAGCACUCCCUGUGCCUGGUUAGUGCAGAACUCAGGAGGCUGAGGUGUCCCAUUGCUCCAUGGUUCACUUUAAAGCUGGUUGUAUUGAAACAUGGGCUGUUGUUUCAUGCUCUGUCACUUUAAGGCAGACUUCUCAUGGAUGUGUUCCAAAAAUGUCAGGGUCUGAACAGCAUGUCCCUCAAUCUCUAAACAGUCUUCUGAUGUUAGAGGGUGGGUUUUCCCCAGGGUGAAAUUUAGGGAAGGAAGGAAUAAAAUUUUACAACUCUAAAAGAAAGCAGUAGUGGGAACACUGUUUUUGUUUGCCACCAUUGGUGGAUUCAGCUCUAAGUACUGCUCAUUGAAUGGUGACUGGAAAACGGAGAGUCCUUUUGGUUAUUGUUGUAAUCCGGACUGUAGAUGUUUCUCCUUUUAGAUGCAGAGAUGGUUUGGCCCAGGGAGAUGGUUUUGGAAGCUCUGAGCUCCCUCCCAGGCUGGGAAAGACUGGAGACCCUGCAGAUCCAGAGCUCCAUACUGAAGGCUUCCUGCUUAUGCUUGCAUGCAUCAUGCUGAUCUCCUGAACUUGAGGAUGCGUGCAGCAAUCGGAGCAGCCCAGUGGCUCCUGGAAGCACAACGAUAGCUCUGUUAUCUCCAGCAGCUUCACUGUCACAUGAGCAGUAAAAGCACCACAGCCAACACUUCUCAGCUGCGGAGCUGCCCGGACCCGGUGCUGGUAGCCAGGUGGCAGCUGUGCAGCUCAGUGCAGGGUGCUGAUAACAGCUCAGGGCUGCAGGCAGGACACUCCACCCUGCUGCAGCACCCGGCUCCCUGCAGCCACCGCACAGCCUCCCUGCCCCUGCGUGCUGCUCACAGCCCACCUCUUGGCUUGUGGUGCUCCUAACGGGAGCUGCAGUGCUGCUGUAGUGUGCAUGGGGUGCCGUGCACCGUGGAUGUGCCCCUGCUGUGCUCCGGGUGCUCAUGGGCUGCAUUUGGGGCAGCAGCCACAUAGGAUGGAGUUUUGAGGAAUGGGACACUGAAGAGGAAGUUGCAAACGCAAAUGAGUUUCUAAAUUAGUGGUAGCUGUCUUAGGCUAUUAACUGUUGGAAGCGGGGAGGGUGUCUUGAGAUGCCAGCUGGGCCGACACAAUAAGCCUUUAAUCCUGUGUGGACCUUGUGAGGUGUGGCUGUGGUGCAAGGACUAAUGCUAUUCCAGCCCUCCCACGUGGCUUUUUGUUCCUACCCUUCUCUCAUCUAGAACUCGAAUUCCACUUCUCAAAUGGUAUUUUAGCUGAUAAAAAGAGGUGUUUACCCAGCCAUGUCCCCAAGCAGUGAGCACAGUGUGCCAUGCAGUGAGAGCUGAGACACCUCUGUAGAGGUAUUUGGCACACACAGCGUGGUGCUGGGCAGUCCUGAUGCUGGGUUCAAUGUGGUCAACUCACUGCCAGCCUUACCCUGAGUCUGGGGAGGAAGGAGAGAGUGUCUGUGCACAGCACACCUGGAGCAGAGCUGCUCGUGGCCUCCCUACCCUGCCAGGAGGCCAUGGGGCUGAUUCUAAUGUGUAUGCCAGUGUUCCCUGUGCUGCUGCUGCUGCUGUGGAGAAGCCGUGCCGGCCCCGGCAGCCCCGCGUGCGUCGCACCUCUUCACUGGACACCAUCGUGGGCUCCUACCUGCUGGGGCAGUGGCCACGGGAUGCUGAUGGAGCUUCUGCCUCGUGCAUGAAUGACAAAGCUACCCAGACCCCGGUGUCCUGGCAUGAUGCGGAAGUGGGGAAGGCCAGCUCCAGUGCUCACAAACGUUCUGCUUCUUGGGGUAGCACAGAUCACCGCAGAGAGAUUGCCAAACUGAAGCAACAGCUCCAGAGAACAAAGCUAAAUGGCAGAAGUGGCAAAGAAAAGGAGAAGAGCUCCCCGCUGCAGGGGGACCAUGCUGUCCUGGGAUCACUCCGGGACUCUCCUUCAGGCUUCCUUUCUUCGUCUCCUGUUUUGAGGCUCAGUCCUUGCUUGCACAGGAGCCUGGAAGGGCUAAACCAGGAACUGGAGGAAGUGUUUGUGAAGGAACAGGGAGAUGAAGAGCUUUUGAGGAUCUUGGAUGUCCCAGACGGCCACAGAGCACCAGCACCUGCGCAGAGAGGCUCUGGAGAUGCCUCCCUGAUGCUGGAGCCCAGCAGUGGCAGCUGCAGCAGUCUCUCACUUUCUCCUUCCCCUUCUGUGCCUCUCCACCUUUCUCCACACACCCCAGUGAGACUGGUGGCAGAAGAGCUCUCCUCUGCGGUGGAUGAGGUGCAGUUGGAUCCAAAAGAGAAAGAGGAGGGCAGCCCUUCCCCAGUCCUGGCCUUUGCUUCCUCUCCUCGGCCCAACCACAGCUACAUGUUCAAACGGGAACCUCCUGAGGGAUGUGAGAAAGUCCGGGCCUUUGAAGAAGCUUCCUCCAGCCCUGACCACACCUUUCAGCCUUCCUGCCCAGAUAAGAACAAAGUGCACUUCAACCCCACGGGCUCUGCCUUCUGCCCCGUCAGCCUGGUGAAGCCUCUCUUCCCAAACGUGGGCCUUCUCUUUAGAGGCUUUCCAGCAUCAUCCAGCCCUGCCACGGGCACGUUUACAUCCUGCCAGCCCACAGCCCCCACCCCGUUCCUCGGGGCGCGGAAGGACGCUGCCGUAGAUAACUUCAGCGACGCGUCCAAGUCGCCCUCACUCAAUUAUGAACACUGGAAACGUGGGCAGCCGGAGGAGAGCGUCGUCUUCCACAGCUCUCUCGUCGUGUGAAGCCUUUGGGAACGUUAGCCAGCAACGGCAGCCAUGGCUCCUCAGUGCAUCUCGGCCGUCCCAUGGAGAUCAGUGCCUUGAGGCUGGGACUUGACAGCCAAGGGGGGCAGCCCUGGGCCUGGAAACCACAGCAGGCUGCCAAGGAUGAAAGCAGCUGUGAAGUGCCGCGUUCCACAGGACUCCUCGCUGCUGCGGGAGGGGCUCAUUUCCCCAGGCCUCCCCUGUUCGAAGCACUUUCCUGUGUUGAAUUGUCAUUUCCUGUGUGAUUGUUUUGCUGGUGAAGAGCAGCUGGGCGCUCCUGCGCUGGGCGGAGCUGCGCUCCCUGGCUCUGAAUGCGGUUGAGCUGGGAGGAUUCAGGUGGAGCUUCCCAACACUUCUCAUCCCUGCUGCUGCCGCCGCCCGGGGCGUACUGAGCUCGGGGAGGUGGGAAGGGGGCGAAGGGCCUUCGUGGGACGGCAGCCCGGGGGUCGUGGGAGCAGAAGCUGCUGUUGAUCCGUGUUGGUGUGACAGCCCAUUGCGUCCAGCAGACGGCAGCGCCUCUCUGCCCGCCUUCACCCCAUGAAACCCCGGAGCUUUGAGGAGCCCCGAGAGGGCUGUGCUGAUGGGGGGAGCGCAGGUGACCAAAUGCCGCCCUCCGCAGUGGGGGGAACUGCGGCCUCACUGCGGGUGAAGGCGCUGUUGGCUGCUGAGCGAUGGCAGAGCUGUGCCUGCUGGGCGUCCCCGGGGCUGAGCAGCCCGCGGUGCUGGAAGAGGGGGUGGGAAACAACCCGCAGUGCUGGAAGGCGCUCAGCCCUGCGCCCCCCCAGCUGACAGCGGGGCUGCGGGGGGGGUUUGGGGUUCGGAAGCGAAGCGGUGCCGUGGGAUGGGGGCUGUGAAAGCCUCUGAACAGCAGCGUUUGGUUCGUGUUGUGUUGCGAAGGCUCCGGGCUGUACUGAAGAAGCCUAUUUUCUUAUAUCUGAUGUAGAAACUCUAUUUUCUUCCAAAGACAGACACUAUUUUUGCAGCUGUUUGGAGUUUGUAUUUUAUGUAUGUAUUGCAAAGCUUAAAGGAGGAACGUUGGCUUUGGAGUUGUGUUUAGAGGGGUUUUUGCAGAUGCUGGUGUUGGCAUGGAGAAAAUAAACUAUUUCAUGCA